AUGUAUAAGAUGAACGAGCAACAACGCAUCAAAGCACCCAAGACGCCCUUGAAGCGUGUUUCCAGGAACUCACUCCGGACUCACACACUCUCUGGCUCGUAUCCGCCCUCCUCAGAGCCGCGUCAGUCUGCCCAAGCUUCGAGCCAAGCACAGGGUACUACAGCUGCCGAGCCAUCCGCCCAUCUCGAGCACCUGGCCCCCCUGUUCGUCGACCUCUCCGAUGCCAUCACCGACUUGCACAUCAACCUCUCCAACCUGGACCUUGUUUGUCAGGACCUCGACGGCUUCAAUGAGGCCUUUUCGGCAUUCAUCUACGGGCUUCGUGUCAACUCUUAUGUGACCGAUUUCGAAGAAGCUCCUAAGCUGCAAUCCUUUCUAGACGCGCAGGCUCGUAAAGAGGCCGAGCGAGACGAACGCCUACGGGAACAGGCCCAACAAGAAGCACGGAAACGAUUAGAGGAGAGUAACUCACGCCAGACUGAUCAAGAAGAAUCGUUCAUGACCACCGAGCACUCGAUGGCCACAAGAUCGGCCAACCAAGCCUCGACAAGCAGCAAUCCAAACCAGACCCGAUCAACCAACCAAAGAGGGAACAUCAACCACGGAGCAUCAACAUCCUCAUCAUCGGCCAAGAUCACUGGCCCCAAGCCCAAGAACUUCACUCAAGCCUCCAAGAGCCAACAGAAGCAACUCUUGAAGUUCACCGAAAAGAUCAUGAGUACCUUGCCCCUCAAGUUCAGAGAACAGCAGCCCCAUCGACAGGAGAUGGAGCUCGUCAUCUCACUCUUGAAACUCAAUCCAAACGGCCUCCUCAUCAAAGAUAUUGUCAAGUUGGAACCCACCCUGGCCAUGCAUAGGGCGAGAGAAUGUGCAACCGCACUCGUCGCUGCUAAAAAGGCUGCCAAGCUGAACAAAGACGGUCUAUUGUACAAGCUUUUGGCAGAUUAA